UUAUUAAAAAACACUGUUUACAUCCCAUAACGCUAGCUUCAGCUCAGUGCGCCGCCAUCUUUGAACUGAUAAAAAAAUAGCCAUAUGUAUACAUAGACUCUGCAUAGCGUAGCAGCCGGCGCCAGGAGGCAGGCUAUGCAGAAUCUAUGUAUGUGUGUCUGUCAUUAUCAGUACAGUGAUGGCGGUGCUUGGAGCUGAAGCUCACAUUAUAGGAUGUAAACAGUGUUUUUUAAUAAGCUUCUUGCGCACUUUUUAAAUGAUUAAUUCCUUGUUUUAAAUGUGGAACUACUUUGGGCUGAAUAAUGGUGGAAAGGGAAAAUCAUGCCCUGUGUCACUCUGAUGGAUGUUCGGACAUUUCUGCAUCUCGAAAUGCUGUGGGAGAACGGAGGUGUGCUAUAUCAAAGGUAAGUACUUUUUAUCAUGUUUUACUACAAUAAAAGUCAGUUUUACACCGCAGUUGUCCUUUAAGGAUGUGAUUAUUACAUGAAAUGUAACUGUUUUAACCUGUGACCCUAACCCAUAAGCCUCCUAGCAGGUUUUGCCUCUAAGGAGUUUAGGUAAGUUGAAAAAAAUUAAAGGAGUUGUUUUAAUGCAAAAAAUCGCAUUUGGCACCUUUUAGUUUUUAACUGUUGUAAAGGCCUACUUCAUAAUGCAAAACUAUAGAUGUUAUUCAGUUACCAAACAUAUAAAUUUUAAUAUUCAACAAAUAAUCUUAUUUUUUCCAAAGAUUUCUGAUUUCAUAGAGUAUGUGCUGCCUUUCAUAUGUUUUGCUGUUCUUCACAAUACUAAUUUUAUUCAGUUUAUUCAGUCUUCAAAGGAUCCUCAGCAUGAGCUGGUUGAGUAUGGCCCUACAGCAGGACCAUCAAUGGACCAGCAGCAUGAGGCCAUGUCUUCAGGACAAGGAGAAUUGUUUGGAGGCCCUCAACAAAACACCAGAUGGUAGAGACAUAGUGUGCAGUCUUGACACAGAACAGUGCCUCUCGCUUAAGCAGCGGAGGGCUAUGGUUCGAAUCCUAGUGUCAUAUCUCAUCGAGCGGUUUGGAGAGACUCCAUCAUCGGAAACAAAGAAAAACAUGGCCUCUUCUUUGGUGACUGAAUUUCCAUGUCUAAAAGAUCAGCAUGGGAAUGGCAAUGAAGCAUGGUAUAGUCCAGGUCGAAACCACAGACCAGCAACUGGCUUCAUUGAAGAACGUUUAAGAAAUGUACGGAAGAGGCUCCGUAGUGGAACGAGCAGACCUAGCCAUGUGGAGAACAACGUAAUCAGUAGUUUGGUUUUGCCAGAGACUGAAAUAUCUGAUGAGAGGGCAGAGGCAAUGAUGGAGUGGCUAAAAAAUAACAUCAGACCCCUAAGCCAAGUUGAAGAAUACAUGAAGCAGACAGCCAUCCAUAGAGCUAAGUGGAUAAGGGAGCAUGGGUCAAAGACCAUGGAAGAGAUCAAGAGAGAGUAUCCACGUCUGCUGGAUACACCAGGAAUGAUUGCUCAGGACUUUUCCAUUUUACACCCAGCCUGUGCCGGGAAACUUGCAGAAAAGUGGAUGCCUGUUUUCAAAGACAAAAUUUUACGAUUUGCUAGCCAGGAGAAGCAAGCUUCUGGAAUUAUUUCCAAAGUGGAUUCUGUGUGUACAGAUGCACAAGGUGAUAUGGCUUUGAGAUUAUUGCCAGUAAUCCUUCCAGCUUCUGUCUAUAGGAUUGGUCGGAAGAGCUUCCGUCCAAGCUGUGAAGAAACAAAAAAAUCAUUUAUUGAUCUGCAACCAGUUGGGACUAAUAUGGUGGAAUUCCUGUCCGAGGCACAAGGCACAAGACCUUACCCGUUUGUUUUGGCUCUAGGUGAUGAUCAGCGUUGCUCACAAUCAUUUGUGGUCAUCAAUGGGGAGGCCAUGGAGCAGAGUACACUUAUUGGAGCUGUUGAUGUUUGUUUUAAAGCAUACUAUGUCUUUGACAUAAACUACCCCAGACAGUGUUCUUCAGUGUGGGAGUUUUUACAGACUGUCGUCUAUGAACUGCCAGGUCAGGAAUCUCCCUCUGUAAGACUUUUGCGGGCAUUUAUUUUUUCCACCCAGUAGUGAAGCUCGUUUGCAGCUCCUUUGUAUAUUAUACAUGUUUGUAAAAAAAAAAUGUUGUUACUGAGAUGUUUUUGUUGAUGUAAAAUAGAGAACGGUUGUUGUUAAUUAGAAAUGUUUAUGAAAUGAAGAAUAGUUGAUGAUGAGAAAUGUUGAUGAAAUGGAGAAUGGUUGAUGUUAAUAUAUGUUGAUGAGAAAUGAUGAAAUGUUGAUGAAACGGAGAAUGGUUGAUGUUAAUAUAUGUUGAUGAGAAAUGAUGAAAUGUUGAUUAAACGGAGAAUGGUUGUUGGUGAGAAAUAAUGUUGAAAUGAUGUUAAUGAAAUGGUUAUUGAGAUGUUGUUGAGAAGAAAUGGUGUUAUGGUUUUGAGAAAUUACUUUGUUGAAAAAUUACAAAAACAAUAAAGCAUUUUAUUGUUAA